AAAACCCCACAUUUUUAUCCAACCUUUGUUUUAUCUUUUGGUUGCGAGAUCCCUCAUUUUAGCACACUUAAAAAGAACAAAUGGCCGGGGGUAAUGUAACAGGAAAUAAAGUUACAAAUCGAUGCAAUAUCAAGCUGAGUGCUUGUUAUACAAUUCAACUUGCUACGCGAGCAAAGAUAGUCUCAUCAAAGCCCAGACAGAGGUUUCAGUACAGAAACAGUUGAUAACAUGCAAAUGAAGCAUUUGAUUAAAAGUUGGAGAAAUCUUCUGACAUUCGUUGCUUUGAAUUUUCUAAAUGCUCACAUCACUUACAGUGUAAAAGGAUUCGUCCAAGAGGUUCACAUUGACUCCAAAUUUGAAUGCAAAGCGUCGCAUCGAUUGAGCAUGAAAGCUUCAAGUGAGAUCCAGUGCGUCCAAAGAUGUGCAAAAAAUGAAAAAUGCGAGCUAUUGAAUUACAAUUAUCAAUGGAAGGAGAAAGGAAUUGAAGAAAAUUGCGAGAUUUACAUGCUUUCAAGGUAUGACAGUUCUUGCAAAACAGCACCGAAUAUGAAGGGAUGGAAAGCUGCCAUCUUCAAGGACAAAGAAAGAUGUCGGCAUCACAAAUACAAUUAUUGUUUUCCUUGUUACUGCGGCCAAAAAAGUUGCACAAGUAAUGAAACAUCAUUUUGCAAGUGCACUGAAGAAAACCUGGCUCUCCCUGACAUAUUAAUUUCAUUUGAAAGCACACUGUCUGACCAAACAGUAGCAUACGACAGGGGUGCAGAUAGUAAAGGAAAUUCGAUUGCAAUACUGAGAAAUGCCAGUGUAGGACCAUCAGAAGGAAAGAUUGGCAAUGUUCUUCGUCUGGUUGGCAUCGACCCUGCAGCUAUUAUUGGAAAAUUUGGAGGUCACCCUUUAAACAAUCCCAACAAUGGAAUUUGUACAAUUUCAUUUUGGAUCAAACUUUUGAAUCCCACGGAAGGCAAACAGACUGUUUUUGUUUCUGGCAUGUCAGGCAGUAAUUCUGGAUUUCUUGUGGAGCUAAAAAACUACGGACGAACUAUCUACGCUGAAUUCAUCACCAACAAUCAGUACAAAAAUACGUCAUUAGCCAUAGGAAAUGUUUUGAAAAAUUGGACGCAUUUUGCAAUGGUAAAUCACGGAGGUCUCGAUGUGAGUUUGUACUUGAAUGGUAUUUUGUUGGUUAGUGAAGCCGCUACAGAACGGAUUCUUGUGCCAUUGACGAAUAAAAGUCACAGCGUAGGAUUUGGGGUUGAUGAGGAAGUUUAUCCCUUGAGUGGUGAGCACUACGCUGUACACAUAGAUGACUUUUGCUACUGGUCGAAGGCUUUGUCAGUCGCAGCAAUAAAGCACACAAUGGAUGGAGCUUUUGUAACCUGCUUGACGUAGUAACUGACAAUGUAAGAAGAUCUCCUUUUGCAACGGCUCUAUAAGAAGAUAGAUUGGAACGCAACGCAAGAUUACACUCAGAACUGAAUAAGAAACUCAGACUUCACAUAAAUGUAUUAAGAUAUAUCUAUGUAUUUAAUCUUACUGACCCUGAUUCAGUCUUAAUACGAGAAGACUGUUGUAAGAUAUUGUCUAAUGCUAUGUUAGGAUUACAGCUAUAUGUUGUGUUUUGCUUUCCCUGCAUGAUUUCUGUUUUAAAGUCAAUUGACUAUAAUUCUAUUAAACGUCUACUUAUAUGCUAAAAUCAAGAAGCAGUAUUCUCUUGUGUAUUUCUCUUUUGCGUAGAUAUGCCUUCAUUCUUCACAUAGGCUAACGAAAAGGUUUACUAAAAGACCACAAUAGACCAUUCUAGCAAAAAUAAGAGCGAUCACUCAAUAUAAAGAACAUAUUACAAGAAAGCCGCUUUCUUCUUUCAUAAGCGAUCAGUCAUCAGGAAAAUUUCAUUUUCAAAAUGUCAUGUCAAGAAAAGAUCACCCUUUCUUAAACAAAGUCGCCAAAAGCCAACAAGCUCCAGGCUCCUCUCGAUUCAAAUCAUUUUUCCUAAGUCGGUGGAAAUAUUUUGGGCAGUGUACUUCAUUUUGCAUACUUUAUUUUGCUUGGUAAACCGAUACACAGUAACAAACUUCUGUUGAUAAGGAAAGUUUGUCGCAAAACUUAGUUUCAAAUGACAUUGAAAUUUUGUAAAACUCAUCCUGAGAGAUCCUUGAUCAAGGAUGGUUAUCAGAAAGUUGUACUGUAAUUUGCUGCUUCUGUUUGCAUUUUCCAGAAUAUUCAGCAUAAUACUUAAUAAAUAAGUGGCAAACGGGACCAUUUGCUUACUUGUCAAUUCUUACGGCUUUCAGACGCGCCAUAUUCAAAUUCAAAUGAGCCUGCU